AUGUGGAUAUGGGUAGCGCUGCAGCCCGUGCCUGGAAGCCAAGUUGUGAGCUGCAUGGCUGCCGAGGUCCCCGCUGCAUCUCUAACUAGUGGUGACGACGUGUGCCCAGCCGGGAACUUGCCCAUUGUCCCAUACAUCCAACAUGGAGGAGGGCAGGUCCCACUCCAGGCGCUCCUUCCGUCAUCGCUUCCGUCGUCAUCCAUACCUUCGACAGGUGUACCUGAGUUCACUCCGAUAGCAAUAUACUCUCCUCACUCUCCGAUCGAAACACCAGACGCUGCGCAGGACGCUCCUGAUUCAUACAUCUUACCUACCAUCGAUAUUCCUAUAGAGCAUUCUUCCCAAGCAAAGCCAUCUGCGGAAGCUCUCACGUCUCUCGCUGGUAACGACGAUUCGUUGAACGGGGACGACGUCCAAAUGAAGGGCAGGAAGCCCGCCAUUGCCGCUGCGGGUACCUUCUUUGGGUUGUUCUCGUUCUCGCAACUAUACCAAAACGUUCUUUUCGAAAGCUUGACCCCCUCAGGCGAACGCGCAGACGAAACGGAAUGGGUCGCAUCGUCGCGGUCAUGGGUAGACCGGAAGGUUUGUGGCUGGUUUGGUAUGUGUGGCCUGUCGCACCUGAAUAAGGCACAAUGGACUACACAGACGUUAAAGGCUCAGAGCCAGAAGACAGUGGAUGACAGGGACCAAGUCAAUCUGACUGACUUUUGGAACGAUGCGCGAACCAUUCCGGCUGAUUACAAGCCUGAGGAGCAACUCGAGAUACCACAAUAUGUUCUAGACCACGCGCCGCUCAUUCACCUCUUCUCGGGAGAAGAGUACUGGCCAGGCGACAUGGCUGAACACUUGAUACACACAACACCGCAUCUGAAUUACACGCCUCUGCAAGCAUCCAGUGAUCACCCGAACAUCAGCAAUCUUGAGGACCUCAACAAAUGGGGGCGAUUUGUAUAUCUCCAGAGCGAUGAUAAUGUCGAGGACCGUCCGCCGUGGCUGGGUGCUGACUACAACAUACCUAAUGCACCAAAUGACGGGAAUGGCGACGACGAAGACGAUGACGAGGAACACCAGAGGGGACCCGACGGCCACUUCACAGAAGACAAGAAUGGAGAAAAGUCCAGCUGGUGGCAUGUGGGUGUCGGCGAUACGAGGGAUCGAGGUGGCAUCCGGCCAGACCCUACAGCUCCAGGACUUCCAGUUCCUUCGAACACACUCGAAGGCGAUGAGCUCGUUGAUGAUAAUGACGACAAGCACUGGCGAUCAGAGCUACGUUACCGUCGACGCAGCUUCACUGGCAAGAAAGUUGUUGGUGGUCGAAGUGAUGCGCCCGUGCCGUUAGUAGUGGUGGAUAAGGGUGAUGGCGUGGUGGACGCAUUCUGGUUCUUCUUCUACAGCUACAACCUUGGAAACGCUGUCUUCAACAUUCGUUUCGGCAAUCACGUUGGCGACUGGGAACAUACUGUGGUAAGGUUUCAGCAUGGCGAGCCCAAAGCGGUGUUCUUCAGUGAACAUAGCUUUGGUGAAGCGUACACAUGGGACGCUGUGGAGAAGAGUGGACAGAGGCCCAUCGGCUUCUCUGCCACUGGUACCCACGCCAUGUACGCGACGGCCGGUGUACAUCCAUACGUCUUGCCUGGUGGCAUUCUGCACGAUGUGACUGACCGUGGUCCUCUCUGGGAUCCUGUCAUGAACAUGUAUUCAUACAAGUACGACUAUCAGUCCGACCGACUUGUCGCAUCCAACCUCAACCCGCGCGCACCUACCUCAUGGUUUUAUUUUGCUGGUCACUGGGGCGACAAGUUUUACCCACUUAGCGACCCUCGACAAUACCGCUUUUUAGGCCAGUACCAUUACGUUAACGGACCGCUAGGUCCUCGCUUCAAGAACCUAGGGCGACAAGAAAUUUGUCAAGGCAACGGUGAGUGUGUGCUCAAGGGACGUCCCGGAGAGAAAUCACGCAUCACGAAGAGGUGGAUGGACAUUGGCGAAGGCGAAGAGAUGAACGAGGAAGAUGCGAGACGGGUCUUCGGCGCAGAGUAUGAUUCAGCGUCCUGA